AGCAACAGAGCAGCAGUGUGUUCAUACCCUCAGCCUUCCCACCAUCAUCCUAAGAGCAUUACGCAGCAGCAGCAGCAGACAUGGUACUCCACCACAAAGAGUUCACCAAUGCAGGCAAGACAGCCGGCAUACAGAUUUGGAGGAUCGAGAAUCUGGAGCUGGUCCCUGUGCCAGAAAGCUUGUGUGGGAACUUUUACAUCGGUGAUGCUUAUGUGAUUCUCUACACUGUCAAACAGAAGAACAGCGUUUUCUACCACUUGCACUACUGGCUGGGAAAAGAAUGCAGCCAGGAUGAAAGUACCGCUGCAGCCAUCUUUACUGUGCAUCUGGAUGACUACCUGGGCGGAAAGCCGGUCCAGUACAGAGAACUGCAGGGGGUCGAGUCAACAGCCUUCGCCAGCUACUUUAAGGGAGGGAUUACUUACAAGACAGGAGGUGUGGCCUCAGGUUUCCACCAUGUGGUCACCAAUGACCUUUCAGCAAAGAGACUCCUACACAUAAAGGGCCGGAGGGUCGUGAGGGCCACCCAGGUCCCUCUCAGCUGGACCAGCUUUAACAGUGGAGACUGCUUCAUUGUUGAUCUCGGAGAUAAGAUCUAUCAGUGGUGUGGAGCCAAAUGUAACAAGUUUGAGCGACUGAAGGCGGCACAAGUGGCCAGAGGUAUCCGUGACAACGAGAGAAAUUCCCGGGCCGAACUGAUAGUUGUAGAAGAGGGAAGUGAACUGUCCAAGUUAACUGAUGUCCUUGGAGUCAAACCAGAACUCUCAGAGGGAGAUGUCGAUGAUGAUACAGAGGCAGACCUGUCCAACAGGAAAAUGGCUAAACUAUACAUGGUUUCUGAUGCGUCAGGGUCCAUGAAAGUGACCAUUGUGAAGGAGGAAAACCCAUUCCUCCAGACUGACCUGCUCCCAGAUGAAUGCUUCAUUCUGGACCAUGGCAGAAACAAGAUGAUAUUUGUAUGGAAAGGGCAUAAUGCCAACCCCAGUGAAAGAAAGGAAGCAAUGAAAACAGCUGAAGGCUUCAUCAAACAGAUGGGGUACCCAGCAAACACACAGAUCCAGGUGUUGCCAGAGGGAGGAGAGACUUCCAUGUUCAAGCAGUUCUUCCUGGGCUGGAAGGACAGGGACCAGAGUGAGGGUUUUGGGAAGGUGUUUGUCACUGAGAGAAUUGCGAGGAUACAGCAGGGGGAAUUUGAUGCCUCCAAGCUCCAUGAGUCCAAUCACAUGGCAGCCCAGUACAACAUGGUGGAUGAUGGGAGCGGACUAACACAGAUCUGGAGGGUGGAGAGCAAUGGCAGGGUUCCUAUCGACCCAAAGGGCUACGGUCAGUUCUAUGGCGGGGACUGUUACAUCAUCCUGUACACUUACGGGAAGAGGCAGGUCAUCUACACCUGGCAAGGAGCCAGAUGCUCUUUGGAUGAGCUAACAGCUUCUGCCUUCCUGACAGUAGAACUGGAUCGUUCACUGGGAGGGCAUGCAGUGCAGGUCAGAGUGUGCCAGGGUAAGGAGCCCCCACAUCUGCUGAGCCUCUUCAAACCCAAACCCCUCAUUGUAUAUAAGAAUGGUACGUCCCGCCUCAUAGGCCAGACCCCCCCACCUCCAACCCGACUGUUUCAGGUACGACGGAACCUGGGCACCAUCACCAGAAUCGCUGAGGUUGAUGCCAGUGCAUCCAGUCUGAACUCUAAUGAUGCCUUCCUGCUGAAGAUGACUGAUGGCCGGGGCUAUCUUUGGAUGGGCAAAGGGGCCAGUAAAGAAGAGGAGAAAGGAGCUGACUACAUGAGUAAAGAGCUGAACUGCAGCAGCAAACACGUCAUGGAGGGAAAUGAACCAGAUGACUUCUGGGCAGCAUUAGGGGGAACAGAGUACCAGACCUCAGAGAGCCUGGACAGUCAGACCAUCACUCACCCUCCUCUUCUGUUUGGAUGUUCCAAUAAGACCGGCAGGUUCAUAAUUGAGGAGGUUCCAGGAGAGUUCACACAGGAUGACCUGGCUGAAGAUGAUGUGAUGCUGCUGGAUGUGUGGGACCAGGUGUUUGUGUGGAUCGGAAAGGAUGCCAACGAGGUGGAGAGAACUGAAUCCGUCAAAUCUGCCAAACGGUACAUAGAGACCGACCCGAGCGGACGGGACAAACAGACUCCUGUGGUGGUGGUGAAACAAGGCCAUGAACCUCCCACCUUCACAGGCUGGUUCCUGGCCUGGGAUGCCUCCCACUGGGACUCUGUCACCUGGAGCAUGAAAUCCAUACAUCUUUAGAUUCACAUUAUACAGAUAAAUUGAUCCACACAGGACAACUGAAAUAGGUUCCUUUAUAUAACUAGUGUGAUAAAUAAAGAAAUCCAGUUGUUUGUAAUCUUGUAUUUUACCACAUGCAGGCACAACUUUUACAUUGACAUGAAAUGACAAACUGUCAAAAGUUUGGCGUCCAAAUGGAUCUCUGGUCUCUGAUUUUUCAUUUGUUGUUGGAAAUACUGUAGCUACUUUGGAAUCAUUCUUAUAUAAUCAUUUUAUUUGACAUGCUGUUUGUAUCCAAACCUACCCCAAAAAGUUAAGAGAUAAAAGACAUGCGACUGAUAUUGAUCUUCUAAUCUCACUGGUGGUAAGAAAGGGAAUGAGCGUAUUUCACAAAAAUGUUCUUUUAGAGCAGUCUGUCAUUUCUGGAGAACAGUAUAUUUUCUUUGUUGAUGGCUCCCUCUUGUUGGAUUGGGUACAAAUCCAUUAUAAUAAACUAAGUAAAAUCCAUUGGGAAGACCUUCAUCUCUCACCUUUAUUUGAGAUUUAAAAGCACUUGAUAAAU